CAGCUGCAGCCAACCGUAUUGAGCUUCAGUGCUGGACAUAACUGAUCGUGAAAUCACAUUUGAGGAUUGCACAUCCGAGCAAUUUUCCCAGCCUGAGUGACCUCAGCUUGACGAGUUCCGCGAUGCCGUCGCAAACGUAUUUCUUGGUCUCUCUACCGACUUCCAUCGCACCCUCUGGCGACCAGGAUGAAGCUUUGACAGCGCUCCGUUCAGCAGUGUCCACGGACAACGGCACCACGAUACCGUUCGCCAUUCCCGAGCUCAAGGUCGGCACUCUCGAUGCGCUGGUACAACAGGCAGAUGAUCUGGCCAAACUGGAAGCAAACUGCAAGGGUGUUGCGGAAAAGAUUGGAGACUCGUUGAGGUCGUUACUAGAUGGUGAUGAGGAAAAGAUACAAGAGCAAAAGGUGGUCAAUGACCGACCUGUGGACAAAUACCUUCAAACGUUCCAAUGGAACAAAGUCAAGUAUCGCGCUGACAAGCCCAUCGCGGAACUUUUCGACAUGCUACAGAAGGAGCUUGCGGCUGUCGACAACGAUGUAAAGUCCAAGUUCAACCAAUACUCUUCAACCAAAACCUCGCUCGCCACGCUCCAGCGGAGUCACACUGGCAACCUGUCCCAGAAGUCCCUCACUACAGUCCUCAACCCAGAAACACUCCUCAGAGACGAUGAUUCCGAGUAUCUCCAGCAGCACCUCAUCGCAGUGCCCAACAAUGCCGUGAAAGACUUUCUGAAGUCCUAUGAAUCAGUGUCACCCAUGGUCGUCCCACGAUCGGCUCAACUCCUCGCGAAGGACGACGAAUUCCAACUUUACGCAGUGACCACUUUCAAAAAGCAUGCUUCCGAGUUCUUGCAUAAAUGCAGAGAAAAUCGAUGGGUUCCUAGAGACAUGAAAUUCACCGACGGCGGCCGGGCAGCUGAAGAGCAGGAGAUUGCCAAGCUUGAAAAGGAUGAGAGAAGGGUUUGGGGUGAAGCAUUGCGGCUGGGUCGAACAGGCUACAGCGAUGCCGUAAUGUGCUGGAUCCACGUGCUCACCCUGCGCGUGUUCGUCGAGACGGUGCUACGGUAUGGUCUACCACUUGCGUUCGUGUGUGGACUAGUCAAGACCGACGGCAAGCGAGCCAAGAAAGCAAAGGAUGCACUCGACUCCAGAUUUGCAGAGCUUGGUGGGAACGCUGUUAGCAGAGACAAGAAGGGAAGGCCGAAAGCGGACGAUGGUGGUCUGCAGCAAGAUCUAGCUGGCCUCGGUGGAGAUUCCGGAUACGAGCCAUAUGUCUUCUACGAGUUUGAGAUCGUGUAAGCAAUAGAUAGUUGAAUUGGUCUUAGCAUUGCCUUCUUAUGCUUUACGGACGGACGGCGCAGAUUGACUUCUGUGACACAUGUAUACAUGAUGGACUGGCGCUGGUCGCGGAAAGACAGUCCACACAACCAACAACAUCAUGAGAAUACUCGCUUAGUCUAUGAGAGGG